AAAAAGUUCAAUAAACUCAGUGUGAUUCAAAAUUCCCGCGCUUCUUCUAGUAAUUAUUGGCAGGCCUGAAGUUACCGGAAGUGUCACUAGUGAACCUCUUUUAAGUUCCAUUCUCGUCGGUUUGCACGUGUAUUGGGAAAGCAAGGCAAAAUGGUAGCCCAAAAGAAACAGAAAAAAGCUAUUGAGAGCAUCAACAGCCGUUUGGCUCUUGUGAUGAAAUCUGGAAAAUACUGCUUGGGUUACAAACAGACGCUUAAGACUGUUCGUCAAGGAAAAGCAAAAUUGAUCAUCAUUGCCAACAACACCCCUCCACUAAGGAAAUCAGAAAUUGAAUAUUAUGCUAUGUUGGCCAAAACUGGAGUGCACCACUACUCUGGUAACAAUGUAGAAUUGGGAACUGCUUGCGGUAAAUACUUCAGGGUGUGCGCCAUGUCUAUCACGGAUCCAGGAGAUUCUGACAUCAUCAAAUCCAUGCCCUCAGAUUCCCAACAAUAAAAAUGUUCAUUGAUAAAUUUUAUAUGUAAGACCCUAAUUUUAAAUAUAAAAGUUAACAAUG